UCAAAAGGAAAACGCGGAAUUAAUGGCCCUCAAGGACCUCCUGGCCCACCUGGCCCUGCUGGUGCUCAGGGUAAUCAAGGUCCAAAAGGUGAUCAGGGUAUUCAAGGACCCAAAGGUGAUCAGGGUAAACAAGGCCUAAAAGGUGAUCAGGGUAACCAAGGUCCAAAAGGUGAUCAAGGACCAAAAGGUGUUGGAUUUAGUCUCACAUCAAGGGGGGAUUAUAAUAUGUUAGGUAAACAAAUAAAAGGUAUGGCUGAAGGGACUUCUUUCACUAACGCUGUAAGAAAAAGUCAACUUGAUACUAAACUAUCACUUUCUGGUGGAAUAAUGACCGGCAAUUUGGAUAUGAAUAGCAAAAGGAUAUACAAUGUAGCACAACCAAAUGGUGAUAAUCAACCAGCUACAAAGAUAUGGUCAGAAAAUAAAUUCCUGGAUAAGUCCAGUGGAGUAAUGGCUGGACCACUAAAUAUGUCUAAUAAUAAAAUCACUAAUCUUGCCAAACCAACUGAUGAUAAAGAUGGAGUCAAUAAGAAAUAUAUAGAUGAUAAUUAUUUGAAGCUAUCCGGUGGCACUAUGACUGGUCAUAUAAUAUUAAACAAUGCUGUUCUUACUUCACAAUAUCAAGCAAUAAGCCGAAGCACUGGAAAUGCAUUUUUUGUACAAAUUACUAAUCCGUAUAUUUACCACCAAUUUAAUAUGGUCAAAAACAAGAUUAUUAAUCUUGGAGACCCGACUGAUGCUGCUGAUGCAGUUAAUAAGCAGUAUUUGGAAAAAUCACAUGUUAAACCCAGUCAUUACAAUAAUGAAUUCAAGUAUCUAAUGACUAAUAGAUUAGCAUGGGCUGAUCUCGAACCGAAUAACAUCGAUAGUUUUGACAUUACUAAAAUUGAUAAUUUAAUGCCCCAAGAUGGUAACUACCAUCAAUACAACCACAAAGUUCUAUAUACAACCAUUAUAAGAGAUAAGCAAAGAGGAUACUCUUAUGGAAUGGGAAUCAAUUGUUAUCAACUUAAUAAGGAUAAAGAUUAUACUCUUUGUAUUGAAAUCCUCAAUUCAGAUUACCAAUUAUGGCAUAAAUCAGUUGCUACAAUUAAUAAAACUACAUCAAAGGGGGUAUCAGUUGCUGGUUUUACAGUACGAAAGUUUUCUCACCAGUACACAAAUAGUGGUGGGAACACUGCAUAUAAGUAUUAUAUCAAAAUAAUGGUAAACUUUCAAAAAACUGUAUCAGGUACAUAUUCCAGUUUGAAUCUUUACGUUGAUAUACCUCAGACAGGCAUUGACCUCAACACUUACCCAAAUAUAGCUGUGGAUAAAACGAAGAAUAAUUCAGCGGCGACUGUGAAAAUGGUCAAAGAUUUGGAGACGAAAUUGAGCCCUCAUACAACAAAUAAUGUGUACAGGGAAAUAUUUGAAGAAUUUUAUGAUUUAAGCGAUGGUGGUAUCUAUAAAAUACAAACAAGACCAUCAGGUGUCGUAUUUAUAGGUUUACUUCCUAACAUAUAUUUUGCGAAUAUGUUUAUUGCUAAUAUUGAGGAAGGAGGAUUGAGGCUACAAAAUAAACCAAUAAGUUUAAGAUUAUUCGGUAAAAAGAGCUUUACUCUUUGUGUUGUUAUGCAGCUAUGGCUGAACAGAAACAUGUACAUUAAAACAUUUAUGACAGAUGGAGGUGAUGAAAUGCCACACUUGAUUUAUGACAAAACAACAAAGAAAUUAAAACUGCAAACUAAUGGUUUGACUGGGUCAACUAAUGAAACUUCUAUCACAUUACUAAACAGUUUUAAUGGUAAACGCGUUAUGUUUUGGCUGACUAAAAAAGAGACAGGGGGCGACUUUACAGUAAAAGCUUCAAUCUCAAAUUAUAGUGGAACACUAACAAUAAGUUCAGAAUUAGCAUCUCAAAGUAACUACACAUUUAGAAUAUCCUCAGAAGAUACAAAAAUCUAUAGAAUUAUGUAUUCUCCAAACUUUUAUGACUUCGAUUCUCAUGAAUUUCAUACAAUAAUA